AUGAUGCAACGUGCGUACUUGAAAAGUUUUUCCUCAUUCCGUCAUGAUUAUUAUUUCCAGCACGGAAAUGGUGCAGCAAUGAUGAUGUGUACAAAUAAUAUGAUGGGAAGGAGUUUUUCGAAAUUUUACGACCGCAAAUGGGAAUUUUUGGAAAAGAGAAACGCAAUGAUGAUUGUAAAUAUGAAUCGUCAUCAAAGAGAAUUUCAUACCACCAUCGGAUAUGUGUAUAAUAUUCGUAAGACAUCCGAUGAUGAUGUUUUUGAAAUUAUGAAACAAAAAGGAGUUCAUGGAAGAAAGCCAUUAACAAAUUUGUUUUCUGGAACAGAAAAUUCUAAAGUGGUUAAUGAAACAAAGGUUACACUUUCGGAAGAUGAUGCCAGAAAACUGGUAGAAAAGAUGGUAACACUCGAUCCAUCUAUUGAUAAAUUCAGAACGCAAGUUGAAGAAUGUGCUGGACUUCAUGACCGAACGGAAAGAGUGAAUAGUAUAUUGUGGGAAAUGAAAAAACAAGGAAAACAGCCAGAUUUUGCAAUGAAAUUAUUAAUCAAUGAUGUUUUAGAAGGAAAACAACCUCGAAAGCGAUAUGAUGAGGUAAUUUUCAACUCUACCAAUGAAACGAAAGAGAUUACCAAUGAAGAACAGGCCUCAACUAUGACUUUUGUGCACACAGAACAGAUUGAAAAGUUUACAGGCGUCAAGCCUGGCGAAAAUCAUGGCCAUAAAUCGAAUAGUCCCCCUCCUGUCCAAACAGAAAAAAACUUUUUAGAUAAGGACUUUUUUGAACCGAUCAAGGCAGCUUUGAGUAAAACUAGACGAGAAACCGAGGAAUCCAUUCGAUCCAUUUUCAAAGACAAAUUCAACAACAAGGACAAACCUUAA